GGCUUAUGCCUUCACCUGCUUGUGUGACCACAAGGCAAAUAUAACUUCAAGCUCGAACACAAUUCUGCUUCACAAACAACAACUUCCGCAAGUGAAGUGAAAGCCCUUUCCGCCCAUCAUCUUGAUCAGGAUGGGGACACUUCUAAGGUCAAAUGUUUCUGGUAAUUCGCUGCUAACAAGGUCCUCCCGACCAAGAACCGCACGAAAGCUGGUAGUAACCCCAUCAUCGGCAUCUGCUCCUGCGACGCUUGCUCCGACAUACGAAGUUCCCAAGGAUGCCAAUCCAUUGCUCAGCACCUACACUCUUGGAUCAUUUGAGCUGUCCCACAGAGUGGUGUUGGCACCUCUUACGCGCUGCCGUGCCCUGGGCACUGUGCCGCAGCUCAAUGCAGCAGAGUACUAUGCCCAGCGCACCUCAAAAGGGGGCCUCCUGAUCUCCGAAGCCACAUGCGUCGCAGAAACAGGCCACGGGUAUCCAAACACGCCUGGGAUAUACACAGAGGAGCAGAUCAAUGCUUGGAAGCCAGUCACCCAGGCAGUCAGGGACGCUGGUGGCAUCUUCUUCCUGCAGCUCUGGCACUGCGGCAGAUCCUCGCACCCAGAGUACCAGCCAAAUGGCGCCGACCCAAUUUCAGCGUCAGCGGUGGCCAUCAGCAGCGGGACAGUCUUCACGCCCUCUGGCAAAGAGUACCCCUUCCCAGUCCCACGCGCCCUGGACAUCUCUGAGAUCCCGGGGGUUGUCAAGAGCUUUGCUGACGGCGCGCGCAACUCUAUUGCCGCUGGCUUUCAUGGAGUGGAGAUCCAUGGGGCCAAUGGUUAUCUCAUUGACCAGUUCCUGAAGUCGAGUGUGAACAAGCGCACUGACAAAUACGGCGGGUCCAUCCCCAACCGCUGCCGCUUCGCCCUCGAGGUGGCUGCGGCAGUGGCGGAUGCAGUGGGCCCGGAGCUGACAGGCAUCCGGCUAUCCCCCUACAGCGAUUUCCAGGAGGCCAUGGACCCAGAGACCCUGGAGCUUAAUCUGUAUCUGGUGGACAAGGCCAGCGAGAUGGGCCUGCUGUAUGUGCACGCUGUCGAGUCGCGCAUCUCUGGCGGCACGGACGCUCAGGCCCCCCAAUCCGAGUCCCUGGAUCCUCUGCGCAACGCGUUCAAGGGCGCCUUCAUGGCUGCUGGGGGAUUCACGAGGGACCUGGGGAUCCAAGCUAUUGAGAGCGGUCACGCUGACCUGGUAGCCUAUGGCAGGGCUUUUCUGGCCAAUCCGGAUCUGCCCCUUCGAUUUGCAUUGCCGGAUGUGCCUCUGAACCCCUACAACCGCGGCACCUUCUACACUCCUGACCAGGUGGUCGGCUACUUGGACUAUCCCUUCCUCAAGGAUGUCGAGCCCAGCUUGGCUGCACAGCUUUCUGCCUGA